AUGACAUCCCCUCCCGACUCCAAGGCCGGCAGCCCCCCCCACAAACUCCAGUUGUCUCCUCAUCACUCCUCCCAUCGCCGUUCCCGCUCCCGCCCAUACGCCCGCUCCAACCGCCGUCUCUCCUCCCGCUCCCAUUCCACGAGCGUCGACCAGAAGAAAACCGACGCCCCCCGAAUCGUCUUCGGCAACGACGCCAUCGCCAGCCUGCCCUCCGAGCUCAACAAGCUCACCCUCUCCUUCCCGCUCAUCGUCUGCAGCCCCUCCCGCAUCCACCUCGCCGACCGCAUCCGCUCCCUGCUGCCGAACCUCGAGGUCUGCUUCGUCACGCCCGACACCUACCCGGGCCCCUCCGUCCUGUCCGACCGGGACUCCGUCAUCAGCGUCGGCGGGCCCCGCGCGGUCGCCCUGGCCAGGCGCAUCAGCGUCAAGAUGAGGGUCCCGCACAUAUGCAUCCCGACGACGUAUAGCGGGGAGCCGGGCGAGCUGUUUCCUCCGCUGGGGAAGCACGGGGAUGCCAGCGGGAGCGGCGGCUCGCAGACGUCGGACGGCGGGCAGGGCGACGGACGGGGUGACGAGCACCAGAGGAGCUUGCCGGCCGUCAUUCUGUACGACAGGAAGCUCACGGAGAGUCGCGUCAGGCGGUUCUCUGCCGAGGACGGCGUCGCUCCUGACGGCGAGGCUGAGGCUGCUUUGAGAGCGGCCACGGGUAGCGCAGAUGCAGAGGCAGAUGUCGCUUUGUCGAAACCCGCAAAGGGCAGCACUGGGCAGUGGAGCUAUAUCAACCUGCCUGGAGUCUGA